AUGCCUUCUUAUUCAAAUACCGAACUUGCAGACAUGCAUUUUAUUUAUGGUUUGUGUAAUGGGAAUACUCGAGCCUCUCAAAGAGAGUACGAAAAUCGUUUUCCACAUCGGCGCGUUCCUGCCCCAGCCAUGUUCAGCAGAAUCCACCAAGCUUUGAGGGAGCGAGGUACUUUUCGACGGUAUUUGAGGGAAGGUGUACAAAAUGUAGAUUUGGAGAGAGAAAUCUUGGACGAAGUCAACAGAGAUCCAGAAACUAGUACUCGUCUAUUUGGAGUUCAUCAUUCUACUGUAUGGUGA